AUGGAUGGAAUUAAUGAUCAAUGUGAACGUUUUCGACGAAGUCUUUCACAAGCAAAUGAUCCAUCACCAAUUUUAUCUGCCAUUGAUCUUUGGGAACAAGACUCGAUUAAGAAGAUACGUUUGACAGCUGAAAAGGCUCGUGCUGAUGUUCAACAGUAUAACAAGCAAACGUUGAAGGAUUUCGAUGAAGCCAUAGAUAAGAUUACUACGAGUAUGGGUUCCAGCCGCAAAGCAAGUGAUAUGACUGAAAUCGAUCUUAAGAAUUGGAAUCGACAGCUUCAGAAACUGCAGGAUUUGCUCGAAAAACCAUUUCCAAUUGGUGUUAUAACUGAUACAACACCUACAUCUACUCUUCGUCUCAUUAGAGUAACGUACGAUCCACCCGUACCUGCUUCUACUCUAUCAAAAGCGAACACAGAACAACAUUCAACUAUUCAGCUGGAGUCACGUUCUUCGUUUCUGCAAGAAACAAACACAAAUGCUGAUGAACGAUUUCACCAGGUUGUUGGACGUGUAAAAUUGUCAGAGGAUGGUUUAGUCGCAGCAUGUGUUGGUUAUUCGAGUAUCUGCGGUAUCAAACUGUAUGCCUCGGGAACUCAUAACAUUCUAUUUCGAGUCAUCUCUAAGAAAAAUGAAGGCAUAUUUUUCGGUAUAUUGUCAUCUAUGCAAGGAAUGACAGCACGAUCAACAGAACUACCAUCAGCCUAUGGUUGGCGAAAUUUUGACCGAACUAUUCUCAAUGGCAAUGCUCAGUUGAAAGGCUACAAAGAAAAAAAUAUUGCACCAGGCGAUCACAUGACAUUGACAAUUGAUUGUGAUCAUAAUCAACUUGUUCUCGCUCAUCAUCGACUAAAGCAAAAGGCUAUAUUGUCUGUUGAUGUAAGCAAGUGUCCAUGUCCAUGGAGAUUACUUGUUUCAUCAUUUGGCGAAGACACGAUCUGUAUCGUUCGCUAG